ACUCUGAUGGGUGGCUCUUUCAUAAAUCACAAUUCACACCCCUGCUGCUGCUACUGUUAAACUUGGUCUACCCAACACAAGCCAAACUUGAAGAAACAGAGCCAGCAAAAUCAUCAACAGCAAAAAAAUGUGGUUUGUGUAUGUGUGUGACGAGGGUGAGAAGGAACUUGGAAGGCAACAAGCACCAGGAUCAUGUCCUCACUGUGGAGGCAAAGUUGAAGCCAUGGAUGUUGAGAUCAGGUGGAGGUUCUGCUUCUUGCCCAUGUGCUUCAACAUCAAGAGGAAAUUCUUUUGUACCCUCUGUGCCAGGCGUUUAGAAUUAUUUUACUAGAUUCAUUCUGGACAUAUAUAAUCAUGCUAUAUAUGUUUCUCUUUUGUGGGGGGAUCAAUGUUUUCAUUUUAAGCUAAGCUUGUAUGUAAAUAGAAAUUAAAAGUGGGAGGGAUUUAAUUUAUUUUUGUUCUUGAUCGAGAGUUUUGGUGUCAAUGAAUUGGAAUUUCAUUUUGAUCUUUUCGUUUUUAA